UGUAAAUUGUCUUUGUUACAAAGCAAACAUUUGUUCGAAAGUUCGGAAGACAGGAGCAAAAUAGUAAUAACCGAGGACCAGAAAUUUCGAGGAAACUUUAAGUUAGAAGUUGAUAAGAUUCUGCCGAUAUCUCAAGCUACUAAUGUAUUCGCUCCCGCAGGUGCUCAGGAAUUCCUAAAUUUAAAGAUCGAGAACGCCAAAGAGAAUUUUGAUCUGAGAAAGUAAAAUAUUUCUUUGAGCUAAAACCACAGUAGUUAUGGAAAUCUUAGUUAUUUUAACCUUGAGAUGAUAACUGCAAGAGCUGUACGAAUUUGAAUCGAUAAUAUUGUGGCUUUGAUGCGGAACAAAAUUUUUAAACAGAUUUCCUUGCACUGCCGAUCUGUUCUAGCAACGCUGAUUUUGUUCACCUCAUAUCAGAUUUCCUUUUACCUUUUACCGCUGAGACUAGACGUUUUGAUAAUGUUCCUUCACCGAAAAUUCGUGAAAGUGUCUAUUAAAGUUUUGUGUUUGCUUGUUAAAUUACCCAUGACACAUUGUGUCGGUCGUGAGGAAGGCAUUAAGACAACUUCAUCAAAGCUGCCUAUCAAGCAUUAUCGACAGAAUAACCGUGACAAAGAUAUCAUACAGUAUUGUCAUUUGGAGUAAAAACGGAAAGUGUUAUAAAAAGAUUUUUGUUUUUGUUCAGUCUCGUCGGAGUGAAUAAUUUCGGUCGUAAAUUAUUCGCUGAGCUGAAGCCUGGUGGGCCUCCCGGCACGUGCCACAAAUAUUCUGUCAAAAUAAUGGAAAAGCGACUACCUGCCUUGGCAAAGAAAAGAAGCUUGUUUUACCGCCAAGAAGUUAUUUAGCCUUCAUCAAUUUUUCAAAACGUGGAGCAGGUUUCUGCUUGUUAAACUUCCUUUACUAGCGUGAAACUAACAGUGAAGAUCAUCUUAGCUAUAGCAACGGUUUUUUCGCGCUCGUUUCUAGUUGUUGUGAAGUCAAGAUAUUACAAAUGGCAACAUUUACAGCGUUGGACCGAACCAGACAAGGGGGAAAAACUUCUCCCAUUCAGGUCCAAACUUCCCCUAAUCCGCCGUCUUCCCCGAGGAUUAAGCUAACCGCUGAAGAUCUGUUCAACUAUUUGUAUGGCUACACGCCCAUUCGUCUCGUGGAUCCUAUCCAACUACAGCAAAGGAGACGAAAAGCUUCACAACUGGAAAAUGGGGCGUCUAACAAAGCGUUUUCAUGGUGCGAUAUCUGCAACGAGAAACAUGAUGGAGAAUGUCCGAUGCAUGGACCUUUACACUCUCUCAGAAAACUUGUGAGCGCUGGGCAAUCCCAUAGCCCUUUGGAAAAUGGAUCCAUUCUCAAAUUCCCGGAUGAGGUAUGCUUGUGCACAUCCAGCAUUCCUUGUCUUGGCUAUGGAGUGUGCGCGAGGAAGAGGAUACCUGCUGGGACCUGGAUCGGGCCUUACGAGGGAAAACUUGUGCGACCAGAAGACAUCAAGGUGGAAACAGAGACAGAAUAUAUGUGGGAGGUGUUUCAUGAUGGACAGGUUAGUCAUUAUCUUGAUGGCAGAGAUGAAGCUAAUUCCAGCUGGAUGCGGUUUGUUCGCUGCGCUCGACACAAGAAAGAACAGAACAUGGUGGUGUUUCAAUACCAUGGCUGUGUCUAUUACAGAACAAUCCGGGAGAUUUUGCCCGGACAAGAGUUGCUAGUGUGGUAUGAUACAAGAUAUUCACAAUUCAUGGGGGUUCCUGUGGCACUCAGUGAUUCUGGCAGCAGAGGUGUCCACCCCCCUCGGGAUCUGGUCGCCCAAGAAAGAUCUCGGGCCAGAGCCGCCGACAAGAACGAAACAAUCGAAGCAGCGGCUCGGAGAAAUCUUACAGACCAUGCGCCAGCACAAAGGGGCCGGCCUCCCUUGCGAAGAAAUGAACCUGCCGAAUCGAGCAAAUCUGAACAAGAUCACGUGACGCUGACCGAAGAUAGAAGAGCAACCUCGUAUCGAGGACGGGGCUACGGAUACAAACAACAAACUAAGACGCCUGCGCGCCUUGAUCCAGCGGAUGAUUUCACCUGGAGGUGUAACCAGUGCUUUAAAGCGUUUACAAACCGAGAACAACUUGAGGUGCAUCAUUGUAACGGAACCACUGGCGGAAAGAACUUGACUUGUUCGCACUGUAACCAAUCAUUUUCUCACCCCAUGGAGUACCGCGCACACAUGGAGACACAUGUUAAUGAAAGGCCCUUUAGAUGUGGCUAUUGCGCAAGUGCCUUUGCCAGUGCUGCUUUGUUGAACCAGCACGUACGAGUACAUAUGGCUGAGGGAACUCUGGGUCCAGUGAAGGCGUCGCCAAGACACGACAGAGCGAGUCAAGAGUUUCAUUUUUAGAGACAAAUAUACUGUAUUCGAGAAUUUUAAAUUUUAAAUCAGCAGUCAUCUCUUCACGCAGCUAUUCGUAAAAGAAGGAAAGAAUCACACUUUCACUUGCGAGCUCACCAAUCCCGUAUCAUUCCUGAGGAAUUGUUUUUGGAGUUUGGUUUGCCACGCAAACAAAUUAAUCGAAUGACUGCCUAGGCGGCUGAUGAUUUAAGUGUGUUUAUACACACAGAACUUGUAUGAAUGUAUUGUUGGGAAAAUCAACGGGAAAAAUAUAAUUCGUGGCUUAACAAACAGUCAUCCAAAUAACUCUCAUGAAAUAGAAUACGAAGACAUUUUUUUGGAAAAGAUUACUUCUUCACAUGCUAUUCAAAUGCUUUUUUAAUGCUUUGCACCGUGAUAAGUUUCAAAUGCAUGUAUUAUUUCCACGUGAAAUAAAACGGAAAAAUUG